GUCGGGCAUGGACGACACGCAGGUCCAGAAGUCGUUCUCCGGGCUGUAGCACUCCACCGUGCCCAGACUCUGGCCCCCCACGGCGUACAGCUUCCCCUGCACGGCCAGAAGCUUGAAGUUGGACCUGAAUGUGCGUGCGCGCGUGCGCGUGCGCGUGAGUUGUGACAGACCGUCGGCGUUGCAUCGAUGACUCCGGCGCAGCACGCCCGGACCACUUCGACUCUCGGGCUCCAGGCAGCGGCACGUCCGCCGUUCGUGAUCCGACUUGAGGAUGUGGGAGCCGGCGUGGACCUCUCGGUUCCCCCGCAGCUUGCUGGUGCUCGUCAUCAUCGGCCCUUUGGCGGCAACCUGCGCAGGCACGACACUACCGCCGUGUGAUGAGAUGGACUACUACUACCAGUACACAAACUGCGACAGCAGGGGCUCCCGCUGGCGGGUGGCCAUACCGCUCAACCCGGGCACCUGCUCGGGCCUCCCGCCCCCCAGCCGAGGGACCGACUGCAGUUUCUCGUGCUCGGCCGGCAAGUUCCUCGAGAUGUCCACGCAGUCGUGUACGCCGUGCCCGGCCGGCUCCUACUCGCUGGGCGGCGGCCUGCGCUUCGAUCAGUGGGACGCCCUGCCCGCCGGCUUCAUCGCCAUCUCCAGUUUCCUCGACGCCAGGCCGCCCGACGGCGACUUCCAGGGCUGCAGCAACAGCUCCACGUGGACGCCGCGCGGCGUGUACCUGGAGUCCAACCGCGACGAGUGCACCGUGUCGCUGGUCUACGUGGUCCACCUGGAGAAGCAGGGCUCCGUCUCUUUCACCUACCAGUACCCCGACGACAACAUCCUCUUCGAGUUCUACGUCCAGAACGAGCAGUGCCAGGAGAUGAGCCAAACUGACGAGCAGAAGUGGAUCAAGGUCACCGGCAACGGAGAAUGGGGAACGCACACGCUCAAUCUGUGGGCGGGCACCAACAUCUUGUACUGGCGGACCACGGGCAUCCUGGUGGGCGUGAAGUUGGCCAAACCGGUGCUGCUCAAGGACGUCAAAAUCGAAGGCGUGGCCUACACGUCCGAGUGCUUCCCGUGCCGACCCGGCUGGUACGGCGCCGACGCCGGCUCGUCGUCCUGCCGGCCGUGCCCCGCCGGCACCUUCUCCGGCAAGAACUCCGCUUCCUGCGGCGCCUGCCCGGAAAACCACUACUCGCUGGAGGGAUGGGCCGCUUGCAAGUUGAGGCCGCCGUGCGCCGAGAAGGACUUUUUCCAAAUCCACACGCCUUGCGACGGCGAAGGGGAGACGCAGGUGGUGUACCGCUGGGUCGAGCCCAAGGUCUGCGACGAGAACGCCACCUCGGCCGUGGCGCUGCCCCCCGCCGAGCCCGGGAAGCCGUGCCCGCCGUGCAACCCGGGCUUCUACAACAGCAACGACUCCACCUGCUCGCCGUGCCCGCCCGGGACCCGCUCGGACGGCACCUACGCGUGCACGCCGUGCCCUUCGGGCACCGAGCCGGUCCUGGGCUACGAGUACAGAUGGUGGAACGUGCUGCCCUCCAACAUGAAGACGUCCUGCUUCAACGUUGGGAAUUCCAAAUGCGACAACAUGAAUGGUUGGGAAGUGGCGGGCGACCACGUCCGAAGCGGCGCCGGUUCUUCGGACGACGACUACCUCAUCCUCAGCCUGCAAGUGCCCGGCUUCAAGGUGCCGGCUUCGCUGUCAGGAAUGAGCGGGGGCGAGGUGGGCCAGAUCACCUUCGAGUUUGAGACGGCCUGCGCCGGGGACUGCGAGUUCUACUUCAUGACGGACGUGCACAGCAAAAGCACCACCGUGGUGGAGUCGUGGGAGGGCAGCAAAGCUCGCCAGUCGUACUCGCACCGCGUGAGCAGGAACGACUCGGUCACCUUCACGUGGGCCUUCCAGAGGACCAAUCACGCUCUGGACGUGCGUCGCUACGUCGGCGACAGCGUGAAGCUCUUCUCGGUCCGCGUGACCAACGUGCUGGGCGGCGUGGCCUCGGGCUGCCGGGCGUGCGCCCUGGUGCCCGAGAACUCCCGGCGGGCCGGGUCCUCGUGCGUGCCGUGCCCGCCGGGCUUCUACAUCCACGCCGAGACCAACCGAUGCGAGGAGUGCCCCGCCGGCACGUACCUGGCGGGUCGCCACACCUACGGCCGCGAGGCCUGCGCGCCGUGCGGGCCCGGCGGCGUCAGCAACGCCGAGCAUUCCCGUUGCUACAGCGACUGCUCCUUCUCGCACACGUACGGCAACCGCACGCUGACCUACGACCUCGGGGCGCUGAGCGACGUGGCCUCGCUCACCCUGGAGCCCAGCUUCACCACCAAGGGCACCAAAUACCUUCACCUUUUCAACAUCAGCCUGUGCGGGCACCAGGGCAGGAUGGCGGCGGUGUGCAGGAACAACCUGACCGACUUCAACAGCGUGCUCAGCAAAGACCAACAAAGCAACACCGGCGCCGCCCGACUCGCCGACGCAGUGGACGGCUUCAUCUGCCAGUCCACCAUCGUCCCGGCGGACGGUCGCGGAUUCCGGACGCCCAUUUCCUCGCAGUCCGUCGGCCUGGCGGACACGUUUCUCGGGGCGACAGUUGAGCGCUUCCUCGACGGCGUGAGCGCUGAUGCCGAGCUCUUCCCGGAAAACGCCAACAGCAUUCCAGAUAUCAACUUCUUCUACAGGUCGACGCAGUUGACCGCUUCCUGCGAUCAAGGCCGCACUUCGGUCAUCGCGGUUCGCUGUAAUCCCCAAAAAUCCGAACGCGGCGAGCUCACGGUGCCCAGCUCCUGCCCGGCAGGAACAUGCGACGGCUGCGCCUUCCACUUCCUGUGGGAGAGCGCCAGCGCCUGCCCGCUCUGCACGCGCGACGACUACCACCAGCUGGACGGCGCCUGCAAGGGUGGCAAGCAGGAAACCUUCUACUUGUGGAACGAGCCCAAGCUGUGCAUCAACGGCGUCCCGCUGCCUCCCAGAAGCUCCGCCCCUUGCGAGUCGGUCACCUUGUGGCUCAAGCUGGGCGUGGGCGGUGGCGCGUUUGUGGCCGUGCUGCUCGUCACCAUCAGCUGCUAUUUCUGGAAGAAGAACAAGAGGCUGGAGUACAAGUACUCUCGUCUGGUGAUGUCGGGCAACAAGGAGAGCGAGCUGGCCGCCGCCGACAGCUGCGGCCUGGACGAGGGCGAGGACCCCGACGACGACGCCGUCUACACCCGCGAGCCCUCCCUGCUGGGGAAGCUCCGUGCCAUCGCCAGCAAGCACGAAGGAGGAGGCAGCAGUGAGUCCGUUCAGCUCAACAGCUCGCAGGCAGACCGCUGGGUGCUGGGAUAGGCCCCCCCGGCCAGCGCGGCGUCGGCACCGAACGCCCCCGGUCGGCCAUUUGCUGCGCCACUGGGGGGGGGGUAACGGACCUCUUUGUAUUUCUUUUGUACAUUUUUAUUUGGGUUACUGUUGAGAGUCGUGUAUUUAUAGCAGUGUUGUUUAUGAAAGUUUAAUAAAGUCCUUUUUGACAGACA